AUGAUGGUGGCCUUGGGCUUUGGCUUUGAGUGCUUGACAGCGAUUGACUCUAGACUUGUCACGGCUCAAUGCUGCUUUUGCUUUGUUGAUGACACGGAUGUGAUUGAGGCGGGGACAUCGGUUGAUCAGUCCGGUGAGGACAUUUGCACAUCCGUCCAGGCGGCGGCCUCAACGUGGGCUGGUGGGAUUAGCGUCACAGGGGGUGGGAUCAACCCCAAGAAGUCCUUUUGGUGGUUGAUUGAUUUUGUUUGGGACGCUCGGAACGGUCGAUGGAAAUUUCGGCGGAAGAAUCAGUUGUUGCCGGAUUAUCACCUUCAGAUCCCGGGUCUGUCCGGUAAACAGGAAGGUCUCCGUCGCCUUGAGCCAGACGAAGCCGAAAAGACUUUGGGGGUUGUGCUGGCGCCGCUUGAGGAUCCAAAGGCACAUCUUGAGUAUCUGAAGGGUAUCACCAAAAAGUGGGUAGAACAGGUUCGGUCCGGGCAUUUGCAUAAAUAUGACGUCAUUCCCUAA